GGGGGAGCGGCGGGCCGGGUGAGGCGCGGCGCAGCGCCGGCAGGAGGGCGAUGGUGGCGGCGUGAGACGCGCUGCGACCAGCGCUGUCUGCCCGGCCGGCGCGGAGAGCGGCGGGGGAGCGGUGCUCGCCAUGAGGCUGCGGGAGGACGCGGACAGCCGCAGGGCGCUGCCGGCGGCGGGGCUGCUGCAGUAAUGGGCAGCGGCAGCGCUGACUCUCGCCUGCCGUGUGGUGCCAGCGCGCCCGCCCGGCGGGACCGCCCGCGAGGAGCCGGCGGCAGUCCUGCGAUCUUCCCUUCGUCUACUGCGUGAAGAAUGAUGAUUCCAUGAGAGGACUUCCUUUCCAUUCCCUGCCUACUGCUACUGCGUGCUGCUCCUGGCCAGUGAUGAGCCAUUCUGCCAGACUGGGAUUUACCCUGAGGAGGGGCGAGGCAGAAUAUGAACUGUAGACAUCCCGUCAAGUUUCUCACACACUCUUUUUACUGUGUCUGUACAUAAAUCCGCGAGUAUCAAGCACACACGCUCUUUGAGACCUACGUUGGCAUUCACACAGUUGCUGCUGUGUGAGAGGACUGGCAUUCCUCACCAUCAUGGCUUCAGUUUGGAAAAGACUGCAGCGUGUUGGGAAACAUGCAUCCAAGUUCCAGUUUGUGGCCUCUUACCAGGAACUGAUGGUUGAGUGCACCAAAAAAUGGCAGCCAGAUAAACUAGUGGUGGUUUGGACAAGAAGAAGCAGAAGAAAAUCCUCUAAGGCACACAGCUGGCAGCCUGGAAUCAAGAACCCAUACCGUGGGGUGGUGGUGUGGCCUGUACCUGAAAAUGUUGAGAUUACUGUGACUCUCUUCAAGGAUCCCCAUGCUGAAGAGUUUGAAGACAAGGAAUGGAUGUUUGUCAUAGAGAAUGAAUCUCCUUCUGGACGUAGAAAAGCGCUUGCUACCAGCAGCAUCAACAUGAAGCAAUAUGCCAGCCCCAUGCCCACACAGACAGAUGUCAGAUUAAAAUUCAAGCCUUUGUCCAAGAAAGUGGUGUCUGCCACACUACAGUUCUCCUUAUCUUGUAUUUUCCUGAGGGAAGGAAAAGCCACGGAUGAAGACAUGCAAAGCCUGGCUAGUUUGAUGAGUAUGAAACAAGCUGAUAUUGGUAACCUAGAUGAUUUUGAGGAAGACAAUGAAGAAGAUGAAGAAAACAGAGUGAAUCAAGAGGAAAAGGCUGCAAAAAUUACAGAGCUUAUCAAUAAGCUUAAUUUUCUGGAUGAAGGGGAGCAAGACCUGGCCAACUCCAGCACGAACCCUUUUGGUGAUCCUGACGCAGCAGAAUUAAAUCCAUUUGGGGACCCUGAUGUAGAAGAACUUCACCCUGAAAGAGCUUCAUCUUCAAAGCCAGAGGAAAGUUUCUAUGCUGACAGCUGCAAUCCCUUCAAGGAUGAAGAUGCCCCAGAGUCCUUAAACCCAUUUGAUGAGCCAGAUCACCCGCCUGAAGCACCUGGAAGUGCGAGAGAUUCUCCUCCACAACCUGCAAAAAGGAAGAGCGUCAGGCCAGUGGAUAUGAGCAAAUACCUCUAUGCAGAUACCUCUAGAGCUGAGGAGGAGGAGCUGGAUGAAUCAAAUCCAUUUUAUGAACCAAAAUCAAGCCCUGCUUUAAUUAAAGUUGCUCUGCAAGAACCAGAAAAGAAGAUGAAAAGAAAGGCUCCUGAACCCCCAAACUUCUUGCCAAAGACAGAGAUGGGCAUGGGUGAGAACAUGUCAGCAGUUCCUGCAUCGAGGGAGCUCUCCUCCUCUCCUAAGCCAAGCCCAAUACCAAGUCCUGUUUUGGGGAGAAAGCCAAACGCUAGUCAGUCCUUGCUGGUGUGGUGCAAAGAAGUUACAAAAAACUAUAGGGGAGUGAAAAUCACCAAUUUCACCACGUCGUGGAGAAACGGUUUAUCCUUUUGUGCAAUAUUACAUCACUUUAGACCAGACCUAAUUGACUACAAGUCCCUGAAUCCUCAAGAUAUUAAAGAGAACAACAAAAAGGCUUACGACGGGUUUGCCAGCUUGGGAAUCUCGCGCCUGCUGGAGCCUUCGGACAUGGUUCUGUUGGCCAUCCCAGACAAGCUGACUGUUAUGACCUAUCUCUAUCAGAUAAGGGCGCACUUCUGCGGCCAGGAGCUGAACGUGGUUCAGAUAGAGGAGAACAGCAGCAAGAGCACGUACAAAGUGGGGAACUACGAGACGGACACCAACAGCUCCGUGGACCAGGAGAAGUUCUACGCGGAGCUGAACGAGCUGAAGCGGGAGCCCGGGCUGCCCCCGCCGGACGGCGGCUUGGCGGACUUGGCCUCGCAGGACGACUCGGUGUUCGUCAACGACAGCGGCGUGGGCGAGUCCGAGAGCGAGCACCAGACCCCCGACGACCACUUGAGCCCGAGCACGGCUUCCCCUUCCUCCCGCAGGACUCGAAGUGACACGGACCCGCAGAAAUCCCAGCAGAGCUCUGGAAGGACUUCCGCGUCUGAAGAAAUGGGGAAGGGUGGCGGUACAGACACGACACAAGUGCAGCCUGUGGUGGGAAGGAAGAAAUUGCUGAUAACUGACACUUUAGACUUCAGUGACUUAGCACAUGUCAGUGAUCAAAAAGAGGAUGUGUCUCCCACAGUUGCUUGUGAAGAUAACAACAAGAAGAGACACCAGAGCUUAGACAGUACCCCUGGUUUCUCAGAGCAAGAAAAGCUGGGGUGUAUAGGAUCCACAGAGAGCACAAGAGCAGAUCCCAGUUCACCUGUCACAAAACCGAGUUUAUCUCCUACUUCUAAGCAUGGAUACUCCUAUAAUAUGGAUACGGAUCUUGCAAAGAAACCACAUGCUUCUCCGAGGCAAACAGAAUCUGAUUCUGACAGUGAUGCCAGAACAGCUUUAAAUCAUGCAGAUCAAACUGCAAAAACAGCCCAGCAACGUAUGUUGUCAAGACAGGAAGAACUUAAAGAACGAGCAAGAGUUCUGCUUGAGCAAGCAAGAAGAGAUGCAGCAUUAAAGGCAGGGAAUAAACAACUAACCAGUACCCUCAUCCCAGCCCGCAAUAAGCAGCUGAACGAUCAGCAAGAUGAAGAGCGGCGUCGGCAGCUGAGAGAGAGAGCUCGUCAGCUAAUAGCAGAAGCUCGAUCUGGAGUGAAGAUGUCAGAACUUCCCAGCUACACUGAAAUGGCUGCAGAAAAGUUGAAAGAAAGGUCAAAGGCAUCUGGAGAUGAGGAUGAGGAUGAUGAUAAUAUUGAGAUAGAUACUAACGAGGAGGCUCCUGAAUGCUCUGUUACUGGAGGUGGAGAUGAACUUACUAACCUAGAAAAUGACCUUGAUUCAACGGCAGAACAAAACAGUAAGUUGGUGGAUUUGAAGCUGAAGAAGCUCCUAGAAGCUCAGCCACAGGUGGCAAAUUCACUCUCCAGUGCUGCUCAGAAAACUGUAACAGAUAGCUCAGAGCAAGACAUUAAGCAGAAUGGAACAGAGGAACAUCGUGCUGAGCGAUCACAAAAAGCAGCGGAACGGUUUAGAAAUCCCGUUGUGUUCAGCAAGGACUCGACCGUCAGGAAAACUCAGCUCCAGUCUUUCAGUCAAUACGUGGAGAGCAGACCAGAGAUGAAAAGGCAGAGAUCAAUACAGGAAGAUACAAAGAGAGGAAAUGAGGAGAAGGCUGCGAUAGCUGAGACUCAGAGGAAGCCAUCAGAAGAUGAAGUGCUUAAUAAAGGGUUCAAAGACACCAGUCAGUAUGUUGUAGGAGAAUUGGCAGCACUAGAGAAUGAGCAAAAGCAAAUUGACACCCGUGCCGCGCUGGUGGAGAAGCGCCUUCGCUAUCUCAUGGACACAGGAAGAAACACAGAAGAAGAAGAAGCUAUGAUGCAGGAGUGGUUCAUGCUGGUUAAUAAGAAGAAUGCCUUAAUAAGACGAAUGAACCAGCUUUCUCUUCUGGAAAAAGAGCACGACCUGGAAAGGCGCUACGAGCUGCUGAACCGGGAGCUCAGAGCCAUGCUGGCCAUCGAAGACUGGCAGAAGACCGAGGCGCAGAAGAGGCGAGAGCAGCUCUUGCUGGACGAACUCGUUAUUCUCGUUAACAAACGGGACGCGCUGGUCAGGGACCUGGACGCGCAGGAGAAGCAGGCCGAGGAAGAGGACGAGCAUUUGGAGAGGACCCUCGAGCAAAACAAAGGCAAGAUGGCCAAGAAGGAAGAGAAGUGCGUUCUCCAGUGAGCGGCCUUCCCGCGGCGGCAGCGAAAUCGCAGCGCGGCUUUCUUACGUUCUUAAAAUGCCGACAUGAGACUGGGGAAAAAAAAAAAAAAAAAAAAAAAAAAGAUGUUUUGAAAAAAAAAUUAAACUUUUUUUCCAUUUUCUUAGGCCAGAUCUAGGCUGCGCCGGGCCCCACUCCGUUGUUUUUUGUUUUCCAUUCAAGCGAACUCGCGUUGUCCCAUGAUUUCCGUGUGGGCUCAGCUCUCCUGCCGAAAGCAUUGGAAAUGGAAUCGCCGAGACCCCUGGCGUGCGGGCGAUGCCGGAGAUGGGCGGAAGGAGGAGAAGAAAUAGUUUGUCCUGGUUUCUGUAGCUGGAGGAGGGCUGAGUUUUGAAAUAAAAAUGUUUUUGUCGUAAUAGGAUUAGAGAGGGUGAUAUAGGAAAAAAAAAUCAUUGGGAAUGGUUUCAUCUAGUCCUGCCAUAUGUAAUACUUAAUAAGCUACCUACAUUUUAUAGUUAGGUCAGAUCCACCCCAGUUAUUAUUAAAAAUGUGCUGUAUUUACCAGUGGUUUAUUACAUCAGUUUUGCGUUUCCCCGGGAGUAGAGCCGAGCUGCUCUGGUUUACUCGGGGGGCUUCUCCCCAGAGCUGGCACAAACCCCUGGGAGCGGCUGCGAGCGGAGCGGGGCGGCCCGGGGCACAGACCGGGACAGCGCGACCCUUCCCAGCCGCCAUCCCCCGCGGACCGGGCCGCACCGGCCCGCACCGCCCGCCCCGCGUUAUUUAUUGCGCCCGGCCGCGUUCCCCGCCGCACCCCGCCCCGUCCGUGUGCCCCCAAGCGUGUCCCGCGCUCGCAUCGUCCCUUCGUGGAGCUCGUCUCUUUUAUUUAUUACAACACCAAGUCAUAUAUAAAAUUUUCAAUAAAACCCGAAUCUUUCUUACCGUAA